CAUCACUCUCUACACACCCUUGUUAUUUAUGUUGAUGAUCCAUGAUGCUCGUUUCUUGUCACAGUAAGACGAGGGGGGGAAAGUGAUGGAGGCGAGGAAGGUGGAGGAGUGAGGAGUUUGUCACCUUUUUCUACGAUCUUCGGCCCUGAGAGCGCGGAGCUGCAGCACUGGAGGACUUUCUCUCCGGAGUUCCAAGAAGGUGCCAUCGGAACCAAUGCGGCGUUGUUGCGGGGCGGCAGGAUCCUCGUCAGCAUCAUCAUCAUCACCGCCCUGACGAGCAAUGGCGGGCCCGGAGCAGCAGGUGGAGGAGGAGAAGGCCGAGCACAUCGAUGACGCCGAGCUGGCUCUGCAGGGCAUCAACAUGCUGCUCAACAACGGCUUCAAGGAGAGCGACCAGCUCUUUCGGAGAUACAGGACCCAGAGCCCGCUGAUGAGCUUCGGGGCCAGUUUUGUCAGCUUCCUGAACGCCAUGAUGACAUUCGAGGAGGAGAAGAUGCAGACGGCCUGCGAUGACCUGAGGACCACGGAGAAGCUGUGCGAGAGCGACAAUGUGGGCGUGCUGGAGACCAUCAGAAACAAGAUCAAGAAGAGCAUGGACUCCCAGAGGUCGGGGGUGGUGGUCGUGGACCGCCUGCAGAGGCAGAUCAUCGUAGCCGAUUGUCAGGUCUACCUCGCUGUGCUCUCCUUCGUCAAGCAGGAACUUUCAGCGUACAUGAAGGGCGGCUGGAUCCUGCGCAAGGCGUGGAAGAUGUACAACAAGUGCCACAGCGACAUCAGCCAGCUGCAGGCGGGUGGCGAGUCUCCCCCCACCGACAACGCCAACCACAAGCAGCAGGCGGCGGUGGACAACGAGGCCCUGGAGCGCCUGAAGGGCUCGGUCAGCUUCGGCUACGGCCUGUUCCACCUGUGCAUCUCCAUGGUGCCGCCGCACCUGCUGAAGAUCAUCAACCUGCUGGGCUUCCCCGCCGACCGUCUCCAGGGCCUCUCCUCGCUGAUGUACGCCAGCGAGAGCAAGGACAUGAAGGCGCCGCUCGCCACGUUGGCCCUCUUGUGGUACCACACGGUAGUGCUGCCUUUCUUUGCGCUGGACCACACGCACACCGGCCUGGCGGAAGCUAAAGACAUCCUGCAGAGGAAGUCACUGGUUUACCCAAACUCCUCCCUCUUUAUGUUCUUCAGGGGGCGUGUCCACAGGCUGGAGUGCCACAUCAACAGUGCUCUGGCUUGUUUCCACGACGCAUUAGAACUGGCUUCAGACCAAAGAGAGAUCCAGCACGUGUGUCUGUAUGAGAUCGGCUGGUGCAGCAUGAUCGAGAUGAACUUUGAGGACGCCUACCAGGCCUUUGAGCGGCUGAAGAACGAGUCGCGCUGGUCGCAGUGCUACUACGCCUACUUGACGGGAGUGUGCAAGGGCUCCUCGGGUGACCUGGACGGAGCCAGCCGAGUCUUCAAAGACGUGCAGAAGCUGUUCAAGAGGAAAAACAACCAGAUUGAGCAGUUUGCCGUCAAAAGGGCGGACAGGCUGAGGAAGAUCUCGCCCAGCAGAGAACUUUGCAUCCUGGGCGUCAUCGAAGUCUUGUAUCUGUGGAAGGCUCUUCCUAACUGCUCCUCCACCAAGCUGCAGAUCAUGAACCAAGUGUUGCAGCGUCUGGAUGACGCGUCUUGCAGAGGCCUCCAACAUCUCCUCCUGGGCUCCAUCCACAAGUGUCACGGGAACCUGAGGGACGGCGUACAGUCCUUCCAGAUGGCUGCCAGAGACCAAUACGGGCGGCAGAUUAAUUCCUACGUUCAGCCGUACGCCGUCUACGAACUGGGCUGUAUACUGCUCGCCAAGCCAGAGACUGUGGGCAAAGGGAGAUCGUUCUUACUUCAAGCCAAGGAGGAUUUCACAGGCUACGACUUUGAGAACAGGCUUCACGUGCGCAUCCACUCGGCGUUGGCCUCCCUGAAGGAAGUCGUGCCUCAGUGACUCCAGCGUUUUUGACACCACCUACAACUCCAUGGCCUCCAGGCCCCGUGGUAAACCUUCUUUGGGGCGAGUUUGUGUCUUGUUAAGGCAUUAACGCCAUAAAAUAGGAAAAACGCACACAAAGAAACAGUGUUUUAACAAAAUCACAAUUUCUGCCAAAAAACAGGAACCACUUUGGUUGCGCAUCCGUUUCUUCAAUAAAGUGGGAGAUACGUUUAUAUUUACAUGCUCAACAUGUUUAAAAUUGUCAUUCUUAUGUUUGUGGACGCACAAAAUGCAAUCGAGCAAGGCCAUGAAGUCACUGUGUAAAAUUCCUAACUGAAAUUGCCUCCGCCCUACAGGAUGUUGAAUUAGAAUCGGAAGGACAGGAAGUGGAUUUUUAAGAAAAUCUAUAUAUUUUAGCCAAGUAACAGGAAUAACUGAAAACUUUUAGCAAAGAUUUUGGCCUAAAAUACCUUAUACACAUUCGCAUUAAACGUAAAUUCCCUUCAUUUUAAAUACUUGCAUAAUUCUGGGGAAGUAGGUAUUUUUUCACCAUUUUCCAUAGUUUGAAAGUAUAUUAUACUUCAAACUAGACAAUGCAAUUUUAAUAUAAAUUGCGGUUAAGAUGCUAACAUGCUAACAGUUAGCAUGCAAGUAAGAUAGCGCCAAGUUUUCAUGACUUUUAGUUUGACACCUACAACAUUGGCCAAAAUGUUAACAGUUAGCAUGCUAACAGUUUUUUAAAAUUAUACUCUUGGGUGUACCUUGCCUUCCGCCCGAACGCAGCUGGGGUAGGCUCCAGCCACCCCGAGAGGGACCAGCGGUAGAAAGUGGAUGGAUGUACUUUUACACAGAAAAGCCCCAUUGAGAUUAAAGAAACCAUUUUUAAGGAGUUCUUGCUAGAAACACUCAUUCACCUUUCUUCACUAGUAUGUGUCGCACUGGGAGAAAGGUGGGCGAAGUGUCCUGCCCAAGGGUACAACGGCAGUGACUAGAAUGCCAGAACCUAGAUUUGUACCAGGAACCUAUAUGUUUCUGUAUGACCGCUCUUCAAUCUGAGACAUUUGCUGCUCUACUGUACACUACACUUGUACUUUGAUACCUUAGGUAACAUUUCAAGAGUUUGCAUGCUGACAUACUAACAACGCAUGCUAGCAAGUUAGCACCUAGCAACUAUAUCCAUGACUUUUAGGUUUAUACAGAUAACAUUGGCUAAAAUACUAACAUACUAGCUGUUGGCAUCCUCUGACAACGGUUAGCAUGCUAGUAAGAUAGUGUCACGUAACCGUAGUCAUGACUUUUAGUUUGAUACCAAUAAAAUUGGGUACAAUUUCAACAGUUAGCAUGCUAAAAUACUAACAGUUAGCAUGCUAGCAAGACAGCACCUAGCAACGAUAGCUAUGACUUCUAGGUUCAUACCGAUGACAUUAGCCAAAAUACUAACAUACUAACUGUUAGCAUCCCAUAUGAUAACUGUUAGCAUGCUAGUAAGAUAGCGCCAAGUAACCAGUUUUUGUUUGAUACCUACAAAACAGGGUAAUAUUUCAACAGUUAGCAUGCUAACAUACUAACAGAUACAAUGCUAGUAAGAUAGCGCCUAGUAACAAUAUCCAUGACUUUUAGGGUCAUACCCACAAAAUUGGCUAAAAUAUUAAACAGGAUAACUGUUGGCAUCCUCUAUAACUGUUAGCAUGCUAGUAAGAUAUUGUCAAGUAACCAUAGUCAUGACUUUUAAUUUGACAAUUGGGUAAAAUUUCAACAGUUAGCAUGCUAACAUACUAACAGUUAGAAUGUUAGCAAGAUAGCACCUAGCAUCGAUAGAAAUGACUUGGUAUUUUGGGUAAUCUUAUCGGCGUAAACCUAACUGUUAGCAUCCUCUAUGAUAACUGUUGGCAUGCUAGUAAGAUAGCGCCAAGUAACCAGUUUUAGUUUGAUACCUACAAAACUGUAAGAUUUUAACAGUUAGCAUGCUAACAUAUUUAACAGUUAGAACACUAGCAAGAUAGCGUCUAGUAACAAUAUCCAUGACUUUUAGGUUCAUACCCACAAAAUUGACUAAUAUGCUAACAUAGUCAUUGCUAUCAUCCUAUGUCAACUGUUAGUAUGUUAGCACCUAGCAUGACAUGAUUUUGAAUGAAAAACUUUAGCUGUAAUUGUUAUUCCCAUGAAAUAUGUAAAACAGUCAUGCUUGAAAUAUAACAGAAUCCUGGAAUUUAAAUUUGACCUCCAAUUCAAAUUGGAAUUGCAGUUCUACUUCCUGUUUGCAACCUCAGGUCAAUAGAAUUUGGGGGUCAUUUCCAAGUCAAUUUGUAAUUUUGCACAAGCCUUCUGGACGUAGAUACCUGAUACCACAAAUGGCAUGAUAUCAAGGAAGGAUUUAGAACACCGGUGAUGGUGUUUAAAGGAGACAAGAGCAAAAGAAUGGUGUUCUAGAAGGUCUCCACCCUGGCCUGACAACCAAACACAGGACUUUAAAGAAGACGUGACUAAUGUUCAUGUGUGCACUAUGCAUGGUACAUCAGGGUGUGACCUCAAACGUACCCUUAAAGUCUAUAUACGGUGCUGGUCCAUGACAAGUAAAUAUGAGCAGGUUUUUGUCAUAGAACCAUGGUAAUGUUUCCUGGCAUAGAAGACAUGUUUAAUAAGAAAUUGGACAAAGAAAACAGGGCAUUUUCUGUGCAUGUUGUGAAAUAUAGUCUUAUGUUUUCUCUCCUCACAUCAUGUGUGGCAAGUCAACUGUGAUCCAUCUCAGGUGGUCAGUGAGUCAAAGGGAAGUC